AUGCAAGACAAGAAACACUGUACUCAAUGUAUGAAUGGGUACUACCCUGACAGUGAAGGUGAAUGUAAUAAAUGUGACACGCUACCAAAUUGUUUUGAAUGUGACCAAACAAAAGCUAAAUGCACAAAAUGUAAGACUGGAUUUGGAUUCUUUAAUGGGAGUUGUGUUCAAUGUAAUUUAAACAAGGGCGCUAUAUUUGAAAAUGAAACUUCCGAAUGUAAAAUGUGUUACUCAUCCUUUGAUAACUGCAAAUUAUGUCAAAAAACAUCCACGAAUGUGGAGUGUGUUGAAUGCUCUCCUCCCUAUUCUUGGGAUUCGAUUAGUAAGACUUGUAAGUUAUGUAUUGAUGGGAAUUAUUAUGAUAAAACUACUAAAAACUGUGUAUCAAAUAACAACAUUUGUACAAUACAAAAUAAAGAAGAUGAAUGUCUGACAUGUAACAAUAACUAUUUUCUAAGAAACGGGAGUUGCAUUCCUUUUGAUAACUGUGAAGGCGAUAACACACAAACAAGUAGUUCAUGUGAAUGUCAAGACACACUUGCGAUCAACUCCAAUUGUUAUGUUUCUUCUGAUGAGUCAACUUGUAAGUAUGUCUUAUUGAAUGGAUAUGAGGACUUAAAGAAGUGUCUUUCUUGUAAUGACAAUUUUACAUUGAUGCAAAACAAAGUCUGUGGCAGACCUGAUUACGAGUAUAAUUAUAUUAGAAAUAAUGCGAAUUAUACAUGUGAAAGAGGGAUGUAUCUUUCAACUGAAAAUGAAUGUAUGAACUGUGUUGAUUCAAGUGUCUGCAUUUCAUUUAAUAAUAAAAUUAAAAUUCUUGAGUGUUCAAAGGACUUGGUACAUUUGAGUGAUUCACAACAAGCCGAGAGUUGUAAAUCAGAUGAAAAAUGUACUACUUAUGGUAUCAAUGAAUGCCUUAAUUGUUCUUCUAAAACCACUGACAUAGUCAAAGGCGCAUGUGUCACAAAUCCAACAGCCAAUUGUAUCAUUUCACUGAAUUCUAAAUGUAUUUUGUGUGACAAAGAGACACUUCUUUCAGACGGAAAUUGUAUUUCCAAACUCAAUUUUAAUUGUUUACGAAAUGUAAUAGGUAAGUGCAUUCAAUGUAUUGAUAAUUACUACAGAAGUACUAUAAGUGAUAUAUAUUGUGAAAAUACUUCUAAAAUACCCAAUUGCAUCUAUCAAAUAAUUUAUUCCAACAACACAAUGAUAUGUAAAGAGUGUUUACCAAAUUAUAUGGUUUCGGAUUCUAAAUGUGUUCUAAUAACUUCGACCAAAUUAAUUCAAUCAUCUUUUAAAUAUUCUGACUUGAUUAAAUGCAAGAAAAUGAGUACCAAAGGGUGUUUAGAGUGUGAAGACACGUAUUAUUUGACUUUACAGAAUACAUGUGAAAAGUGUGAUUCUUCAUGUGUGAAUUGUUCCAACACAACUUUGUGUAUUUCAUGUCCCUCUGGAUUUUAUUUGACAAGUGAACAUACAUGUAAAGAAGUUGGUUCAUUACAUAAGACGUGUGAUAUGUUAAUGCCAAAUGCUGUUGGCUGUGCGAUCUGUAAAGUUGGGUAUUACUACAUUUUAAAAGACUGUAGACAAUGUGAAACAUCAUGCUAUUCCUGUUUAGACAACAAACAAUGUGUGUCGUGUGCAGACAAUUACUUCAGAAUAGCAAAUGAAACAAAGUUGUGUCUUCCAUUCGACGAAUUGACUCAAUUUUGUCUUAAAAAGACCAAAAAUGGGUGCGUCAGUUGUCAAACGGGGUAUUUCCUCUCAAAUGGUCGAUGUUCAAAGUGUUUAGAAACCUGUAUAAAGUGCACUUCAAUGACAUAUUGUUCCGAGUGCUCCGACAAUUAUGUGAAUAUUGACUAUAAGUGUCACCACUCUUCUACAAUUCAAUAUUGCACAGCUGCAACAAAUGAUCGAUGUACUAAAUGUAAAGGGUGGCAUGCACCUGAUGACAGUGGGUCUUUUUGCAAGACUGCAAUGCGCUAUGAUAUUAUAUUUGUGACGAAUGUAGCUGUUGUAAUAUUAAUAAUUCUUGUUCUAGUAAUAGUAGUAGUGUUGUGUUACCAAAUUAAUCUUCACAACAAAGAAAAGAAAAAGAUGCUGAAUGUCUGUGUUUAUAAUAUGAAGAAAUCAAAUGUCCCCAUGCAAAAUCUUGGUGACUUUUUGUUGAGUAAUAAACAAAUAAUCACAUUUGGAGUACUUAAUGAAGACAGUUUGAUAGAAGUGAAUGAAGAGACGCGUGAACUGCUGUGUGUUGGAAAUAACACCAAUCACACAAUAAAAGUCCAAUUCAGUGUUAUCGACAAUUGCGACCAAUUUUUGAUACGAACUGAGCCAACUUUAGUUACUCUUAAAAAGGGAAUAGCGUGUGAAUUUGAGAUCUUUAUUAAACCAGUUUGCACGUGUAAUAUCCAUUCAAAUAUUGUAGCCAUCGCACUCGACUUGGAAACAGGAAAACAAAUUGAUGAAAAAAUAGAAGUAAGUGCUGUGACAAAAAUGACGACGCGACUGGACUACACCGAGUUGAUAGAAGCCAAGAAACUUGGUGAAGGUUCAUUUGGGGUUGUUUACUUGGGGGAGUUCAGAGGUGACAAAGUUGCUAUCAAAAAGAUGAAACAAUCUUCUGAUGAUAAAUCAAGUAAAAAAGAAUUUGAAGAUGAAGUUUCUAUGUUAGACAAAUUUAGAAGUGAAUAUAUCGUCCACUUCUAUGGCGCCGUGUUCAUACCAAACAAAGUGUGUUUGGUCACCGAAUUUGCUCAAUUUGGAAGUCUACAAGAUUUGAUAAAUAAUAAAACUUCAAGUGAAAUUGACAUGAAAAAACGACUCAAAUUCAUGUUAGAUGUUGCUAUGGGCAUUAUGUAUUUACAUGAGAAUGGAAUCUUACACAGAGAUAUUAAGCCAGACAACGCUUUAAUAUUUUCAUUGAAUGCAUCAGAAAAAGUGAAUGCAAAAUUGACUGAUUUUGGAUCGUCAAGAAAUAUUAAUAUGAUGAUGACAAACAUGACAUUCACUAAAGGUGUUGGAACACCAACUUACAUGGCUCCUGAAGUUUUAAAACAAGAAAAGUAUAAAAAACCAGCUGACAUCUAUUCAUUUGCAAUGACUAUGUAUGAAUGCUUUGCUUGGAGAAUUGCGUAUAGUGAUGUUGAAUUCAAAUUUCCAUGGACAAUAGCCGAGUUUGUUUCAUUAGGAAAGCGUCUCGAGAAGCCAGAUUAUGUUGAUGUAAAAAUGUACAAUAUCAUUGUGUUGUGUUGGUCACAACAUCCACUUGAAAGACUAAAAAUAGAAGAAGUUGUUUCAAUGGUUCGUGAACAAUUUUAA